AUGCCUUCACAUAUUGCAUUUAUCGUUGCUAUCACCUCUGUAAAAAAUAAUCGCCUUUUCUCAUAUGGUCUUGCUAAAUAUAAAAUUUCGAAUGAAAUCUCUCAAACCAUCAGAUGGAAAUAUUUUUUUCCCACGAAUGAGAAUCCUCAACUGUUUGCAACUGGUGAUCUCGUAUUUAUUUCGGGCAAAUAUGUUGUUGAGAAUUUAGAACAAUGUGUCACCAUCACGUACGCGAGUAUUAUUAAUAGUGACAAUCCUAAUCGUGAGUUUGAUGUCAGUGACGUUCCCAUAUGCAUUCCCCACUGUAUGUUUUCUGUAACCGCUAAUCGUAAACCGAAGGAAAUCGAAAAUUAUAUCCAUUUCGGUGUAGAAAGCGUCGAAUAUAACUCCGUUACUAGCACAUCUGCUGUUAAAAUGCAAAUGACCGUUCUUUAUUCUUCUCAGACCAUUAGAUUUCAAAAAUAUCUAGGCACUUCAGGCUCAAAUAUUAAAUUAGGAAAUACAUAUUUUGUAUCCGGGCUUUUUAAGUUCUCAAAGUCUGGUCAAAUGAUCAUUGAAGCGACCGAUAUCGACUAUUUGAAGACCUCGAUUUUAAAUUAUAACAUUGCCGAAAAUUCUUCCUCAACAAGUUCCAGGCCUCGGUCAAUUGUCGAUAUUGUUGCUGAUGAUAUCGAAUCCGUCACUACUCAAGCUCCAUUUAAACAUUCUGAAUCCAGUGCUUCUUCAGUCGAUCACAAUAAUAUUGGAGCUUCUAAUUCAUCAGAAACUUUGGUUGAUGCUAAUACCGAAAUUAACUCUUCUCGCGAAAAAAAGUCACAUUAUCAACCAGAAUACGAAAGCUUACAGCCUAAGAAGCGAAAAAG